AAAAACAAAACAAAACGAAUCUCUCAAUUUCCCCUGUACUAUCUCGUCUCUGGCGAAAUUCCCAGUGUUGGUGAGAUAGAAUGGAAUCAAGGACUAGAAAGAGGUCAUCGCUGAACAACAAUGAAGACAAGAUCAGUACGCUGCCAAAUGUACUUCUCCAUCACAUUUUAUCUUUUUUGGACGCAGUGCAGGUUGUUCAAACCUGUGUUUUGUCCAAAAGAUGGAUGAAUGUGUGGAAAUCUCAUCCCUAUCUUGACUUCAAUUUUGAGACUUUUUCAUCCUUAAUAAGUUCAUAUUAUUAUGACGAUGACAUGAACAAUUUCACUGAUUUUAUCAGUCAUGUUUUACUACGUCGUAAUAACAUCGAUGUUUUUAAGCUUUCCUUAGAUACACGUCGUGAUUGUCAGUAUAGUGUGGUAGAAUCUCUGAUAUAUUAUGCAGUUAAACACCACGUGGAAGAGAUAUCUAUAAAUACUGUUCAUUGGGAUGUGCCCAUUGUGUUGCCUCGUUGUUUCUUUGACUGUGAAUCAUUGAGAAGCCUGAAAUUGAAAGUUGACGGUGGCCUAGCUUUGCCAAAAUCAUUGGGGUUGCAGUCUCUGAAGACAUUGCAUCUUGGUGGGGCUCAGAAUUUUGAUGGGAAGAUUUUCUCAAGUUGCCCGAAUCUUGAAAAUCUGACAAUUGAAGAUAUAUGCUUAAACGUGAUUGAAAACUUCAAUAUUCAUGCUCUUAGUCUGAAAAGCCUGGAAAUUUUGAAUUGGAGAUAUAAUAGAAUUAAGCAGGGGUGCAAAGUUAUGUUAGUUGCUCCUAAGCUUACCAGUUUCAAGUUUGAUGGGAACACUCCUCUUUUUUGGUCUGAAGUGAAUCUUACCUCUUUGGAUGAUGUAAAUGUAGUCUUGCAGAGAUACUAUUACAAUCAUUACUAUCCAUUCUAUGUAGUUGAAGAUGAAUACAUUUCAGAAGAAGAAGAAACUGAGCAGGGGCUUGGUCUCAAUCUCAUCAAGAUGCUUCAUCAGUUCUGCAGUGCAAAAUCUUUGACAUUAUCCAUGAAUAUCAUUGAGGUUCUCUCAAAGAUUCCGGCUGCUCUAAAUAAACAUCCUUCUCCAUUUUCCAAUUUGAAGUAUCUGAAGUUGAAAACUGACCACAAGGAUGUCACUUUUCCUGCCCAUGUUUUGAAUUACUUUCUUAGAAGCUCUUCUUUGCUGAAAGUAUGCUUCUAAUAUCUCCCAAGGUAAUCUAACAUCUCCUUCUACAUUCAAAGUUACUGUUGAUGCCACUUAAAUAAUAACUGCUUCAGUCUCACUCUAACAUGCCUUGUAAUUUCGUGGGCACAAAGCUGUGAAGCUAUAUGAAGGCAGUUCUUUCCAUUACCAUACACAUGUGAAUGUCUUUCAAGUGCUUAGGUACUCCUUUGACACCUGUAAUCUACAUUCUAAUUGAUUGUGGCUUGAUCCUUGUAGCAUACAGCAAUACAAUAUAUGAUGUUCUUUUUCCCACAAUCAUUGCUUGGUUAAUCCAAUAUAUUAGCUCUGAUUGAAAUCAGCAUUUUGCAUGAAA